GGAAAAAAAAAAAGGUGAUCAUGGGUAAAGACACAACAUCUUGGCUGUCUGCUAAAAAAAUGUACAUUCUCUCGCUGGAGAUUGAACGGCGGACUGCAAAAUACCCCAUGGCAGAUUAUCGUCAUUUAAGGGAGCCCCGAAAAAAAGCCGCUGGGCUGGGGCGGUGGAAGCUGGGAGCACUCAGCCCAACUCUGCGCUGCUGGAGGAGGUCUGCCCGGAGAGGCCAUUGGAGGAAGAGUGCCACGUGACAGAGGGGUGCCAAUGUUAUUCUCCAAGGGUGUCAAGACCCUGUCAGUUUGCGAAAUAAAUAUUGGGAAACAACGAAAUGCAAAAAACGACCUACUACGACAGCUCUGCAAUCUAUGGUGCCUACCCCUACCAAGGAGCAAAUGGUUUCACUUAUAAUGCAAGUCAGCAGCAAUAUCCUCCAUCUUCAUCACUUGUGGAAACUGAGUACCACCGCCCUGCGUGCUCCCUCCAGUCCCCUGGCAGCUCUGUGUCCCACCACAAGGCCAAUGACAUCAGUGAGAGUUGCAUGAGGACCCUUCCCAGCCAGCCUCUCCAGACCCCUGGCCUCACUGACACACAGGCCCCACCGCAGCCACCUCCAGCCCAGCAGGCACAACCUCCACCUCCAUCCUCUGCCUCACCAUCUCAAAAUGCCAGCAGCAACCCUGCCCCAGCCAACCCCACCAAGAGCCCGGCUCUUAACUCGCCCACUAUGUCCAAACAGAUAUUCCCAUGGAUGAAAGAGUCUCGGCAAAACACAAAGCAGAAAAACAGCAGUUCCAGUUCAGGUGAGAGUUGUGCUGGUGAUAAAAGCCCUCCGGGGCAAGCCUCCUCUAAGCGAGCUCGUACAGCUUACACAAGUGCCCAGCUGGUAGAACUGGAAAAGGAGUUCCACUUCAAUAGGUACCUUUGCAGACCACGAAGGGUAGAGAUGGCUAAUUUGCUCAAUCUCACAGAAAGACAGAUCAAAAUCUGGUUUCAGAACCGCAGAAUGAAAUACAAAAAGGAUCAAAAGGGCAAGGGCAUGAUGACCUCUUCAGGAGGACAGUCCCCAAGCAGAAGCCCUGUCCCACCAGCUGCUGGGGGAUAUCUAAACUCUAUGCAUUCUUUAGUAAACAGCGUUCCCUAUGAGCCCCAGUCACCUCCACCGUUUAACAAGCCUCAUCAAAACACCUAUGGCAUCCCUGCGUCGUAUACCGCUCCUCUUAAUAAUUGCCCACCUCCUCAAAAAAGAUACACGGGGACAGCAACUGUGACAUCUGAAUAUGAUACUCAUCCUCUUCAAGGCAACGGUUAUGGGAAUCCACAUAUACAGGGAAGCCCCGUCUAUGUAGGGGGCAACUACGUGGAGACCAUGACCAAUUCUGGGCCUUCCAUCUUUGGUCUAACUCAUCUCCCUCAUCCUCCCUCUGCCAACAUGGACUACAGUGGGGCUGGGCCAAUGGCCAACAAUCACCACCAUGGACCUUGUGAUCCACACCCAACAUACACAGACCUUACCACUCACCAUCCUUCUCAGGGAAGAAUUCAGGAAGCACCCAAACUCACCCAUCUGUAAAAGACAGUAGUCACUAAGUGGAACACCAAGCCCCCCCAACUUUUGGAAAGUACUCUCUCCUUCCCUUCUUUCUCUCCUU